CUCCAUUUAAGAAAAAGAAAAAACAGUUUCAUAUCAUUUGCUGCUCGUUACAACAAUGUCACGACCAAUACCCAUUGAAAAAAUUGUUGAAUCCUUAAAAGAAAAAUACACAACAUCACACUUCAUCAAGAUAGAGAAUUUCUCUUUAAUCAAAAAAGAAAUACGAAGGGUCGAAUCUUCUGUGUUUUAUCUCGGUGGUUACAAUUGGAAACUCCUUGUGUACCCAAAUGGGUAUCAGGGUUGUGGAGAUGAUCAUGUCUCCAUCGGCAUAGUGAAGCAAGAUUCGGUAAAUGUUAGGCUCCAAGUUGAGUUAUGCAUCGUCAAUCAACUAGAGCGAGUAUGGCAAUCAAAAGGAGAAAUGGCCUUACCACCAGAAUUAAGCUGGAAGGGGGAUUCAGAUUUGAUAACACAUGCGGAUCUCGAGAGAAAAGGGUUCCUUAUUGGAGACUGUUGUAUCUUUGGUGUGAGGUUUUUUGGGGUUGAACAUGCUCCUUCAGGAACAGCUGAAUGUUUUAGUGUGAUUGAGAAACCUCGCAAUCACAAAAUCACUUGGAUGAUGACCAGGUUCUCGUCUUUUGAGCCUGAAAAGGCUCACCAUUCUAAUGAAUUUGUUGUUGGAAACCGGAAAUGGAAAAUUCAGGUUCAUCCAAGAGGGUGUAAGGAGGGAAAAGGCAAAUCAUUUUCGGUGUAUCUGGUGGGAAAUGGGUUUGUCAACAAGGCCCUAAGUGCAAAUGUUUUCGCCAAGUUUAAGCUGCGUAUAAUUGAUCAAGUUAAACGAGAUCAUGUUGAGAAAGCUUAUUCGGGUUGGCUUGGUGAAGAAUCUGAUGUCAGCCAUGGGUUUCCGGAGUUCAUGCCUCUGAAGACACUUGCUGAACCAUAUUUGGUGAACGAUAAGUUGUACGUGGGAGUUGAGUUUGAACUCAUUUCUGUGACUAAUACUUGUUAGGUUUAUAAAGCCAUCACCAUGGCCAAGAAUAAGACGCAACCCUCAAGUAUUUGGACUAAAGUAAUGUUGUCUUUUCUUUUCUUUACUGUAUUGUAUUAAAAUAAAAGGGAGCACUAUCUUGUUGUUACCACAGAAUGAUGUAGAAACAUCACACCCUUGCUUGCUUUUCCAUUUCCAAGUGUGUAGGAACUCAUGGUUCCUUCUUUUAUGUAAGGACAAGACCAAAUAAGUAAAAGGCAGAUGUUUCUGUCAGUUAUAAGUA